AUGCAUUUUGGGAAAGCAGCAGCACCAGAUCCAAGAUGGCGGCCAGCAGGAGGCUGAUGAAGGAGCUUGAAGAGAUCCGCAAAUGUGGAAUGAAAAACUUCCGUAACAUCCAGGUUGAUGAAGCUAAUUUAUUGACUUGGCAAGGGCUUAUUGUUCCUGACAACCCUCCAUAUGAUAAGGGGGCCUUCAGAAUUGAAAUCAACUUUCCAGCAGAGUAUCCAUUCAAGCCACCGAAGAUCACAUUUAAAACAAAGAUCUAUCACCCAAACAUUGAUGAAAAGGGGCAGGUCUGCCUGCCGGUAAUUAGUGCUGAGAACUGGAAGCCAGCAACCAAGACUGACCAAGUAAUCCAGUCCCUCAUAGCACUGGUGAAUGACCCCCAGCCUGAGCACCCCCUCCGGGCUGACCUAGCUGAAGAAUACUCUAAGGACCGUAAAAAAUUCUGUAAGAACGCUGAAGAGUUUACAAAGAAAUAUGGGGAAAAGCGACCUGUGGACUAAAAUCUGCCGUGAGUGAUUCCAGCAAGUGUGAGCAGAGACCCCCGCAGUGCAUUCAGACACCCGCGAAGCAGGACUCUGGAAAACUGACACGUGCCAUCACCUGGCGUUGGCUUGUGGCAGUUACUAACUUUCUACAGUUUUCUUAAUCAAAAGUGGUCUAGGUAACCUGUAAAGAAAGGAUUAAAGAUUUCAGAUGUUCUAGUUCUGCUUUCUUUGUUUUAAAAAUCACUGCUUCAAUCUACUUCAGAAGAAUGGUGUUUCUUUUCUUGCCCAAAUUUACCCCAUAUCUUCACGUUACAUUUAGCCCAGAAGGUUUAAAAAAAAAAAAAAAAGUUAUGGCUCCCUUCCCUUUCCACCUUCUUGCAUUCAGAUUAUUUUUCACAAAAUCUCUUCUUCAGACCCAGGCCCUGACUUCAACAAAGGAGAAAAAACAGCUCUGGCAGCUUUUCUCUUGUGGUACCUGGGCAAUUACUCAGAUUCUCUUGAGGCUAAUUUGUAGCAUCCUUUGAAAGAAUUGUAAAACAAAUAUCCACACUCCUCCCUACCCCUUCUCCAAAAAAAGGGAGGUCCAAUUCAUGUAAAAACCUGGCUAAAUGUUUCCACAGUAACAGAUCAAAUGGGCAAACUCCACUGUCUGUGUACGUGAUUAAACUGUGCCUAGCCUGGCCUAGUAGGAAACCCUACAAUGCCAUGUCUUUGGCCUGGAGGGAGGGCCUGCCAGCUGAGGACCUGUGCACUUGUAUGAUGAAUUUAUCACCAGAAAAUCUCCUGAGACCAAAGGUCAGCACCCUUCCCUGCAGCCAUGUUAGAAGAUCUGCUGGUCAUCACAGGCAAAACAAAAGCCACAAUGUCCUUUUGAAAUUCCAGGCUCCUCCAUCACCAAGCAUUGGAACGUGCCAUGGAGUGCUUCGACUCCUCAGCGUAGCAGCCCCACCACAGUCCUUCCUUGGCAUGGUUUGACCCUUUGGGAGAUUGGAGUUGGCGUGACUCUGCUUUGUAGCUGACACCAGCCUGGGGUUGCAUGGGCUCCUGCUGGCCCCUUCCUUCGGAGCAGCUGUUGGCCCUGCUCAGGAACAGGAUGUCAAUCCCACUCCCUUUGGACUCAGAGCCUUUGCAGAGUCAACCUCCAUUUGAAGCUCACUCAAUAAUAUCCUUUCAAUGUGUUUUAUAUUGUUUUGAUUGCUUUUUUUUGUAGAAAUAAAAAUUGACCUUAGAAUUUAUCAUCAGAUGAACUUUGUAAGGAUUUGAAUGUUAAUGUCUUUUCAAGGCAGGUGGAACUGCCCCUGCAGUAGCAAACACAUGGUUCUCUGACACCUUGUGGAAGGCGAUUAUCCCAUCCCAUCACCUGUGUAUCACCAAGUCCACUUCUGCCACUGAAGGCUUCCCUUCUGAGUACUUGGGGGGUGGGGACCCAGAUCAGAUGAUGAAGAUGGUUUGAAGGUUUACUUUCUGUUAACAGUUCUGGUCCUUGAGGCUUCCUAGGUCUCACAGACUCAUGACACAACUCUGGGUUUUGCCUGUGCAUAGUGUGAAAUAACAGAGGAAAACCUGACAGUCUUGGUUGGCCAGGCACAGCCCUGGCAUGCUUAAAUAAAUUUGGUUUCUUUAGUCCUAAGUAUGCCAGGGAGACUUCCAUGUGCCCAGGAGGGCAAGAGCACCAUGACAUUUCCACAUCUGUCUCUGCACUUGCAAAAAGGUGAUAAUGGACUUUAGCCACUCAGAUUUGUAAUAAAAUGCCAAAUUUUGUCAGAAGCUA